AUGGCCCUGUGGACGCGCCUCCUGCCCCUGCUCGCCCUGCUGGCCCUCUGGGCGCCCGCCCCUGCGCAGUCUGAGGUCGAGCACCUGUGCGGCGAGGAUCUGGUGGAUAUGGUGACCAUGAUGUGCGGAGAUCGGGGCUUCAGCAAUCCCACGGUCCCCAUGGAUCUGCCCUACCCACAUGGCGUCCUGCGCCGCAUCUCCCUGGAGGAGCUCCUGCAGAAAAGCGGCCUCGUGGAGGAGUGCUGCAUCAAGGUCUGCUUUUUGUAUGAGUUGGAGAGAUACUGCUACUAG